GCUCCUUGGAGGAAGAGUGGGAUAUAAAUACAAAUAAAUAAAUGUUUUGCUUGCUUAUUGCAGAUGGGUACAGGCUUACUAUUGAAACAGGAGAGAGAAAGAGAAGGGAGAUACUCUAUUUCAGUAGUACCCUUUUGAGAUAAGCAAGCAAAACGUGUAUUUAUUUUUUGUCACUGCCGCUCUACACAUUGUUGUGUGCUAGUAUUUUAUUAUGUUUUAAACUUUAAUAUACUGGUAUUUUAAUACUGAAAUUUAAUAUUUGUAUUAUUUGAAUUAUUUAGAAUAUUUGUCCUGCUUUAAAUAUAUUCUCAAUGGCCUUGGGAUUGUUUUGCUGAAAGGCGGUAUACAAAUCUGACAAUAAAUAAAUAGAUAAAUAGAUAGGGAUAAAUUUAGGGGUACAUUGAAUGAAAACUGGUUAUUUAGGGCAUCCUUCAAGGGUUGGUUUCACUGAAAGAGACUGCAAAGACUCUUCGCAGAGACAGCUGGCAAUUUUCUCGAGGCUUUUUCUCCUCAGGGCUCACCGCCAGAUUUCCCGCCAAAAACCAACCGCCCAAAUCAACGGUCUCCCCCCACCCCAAACACCCCUGCAGAUUCUUUCUGUAAGAGGGACUCCUCUGCUGAUUGGCAGCUCUUCAAGCCCAACAGAACCCUUUUACUACUAAUAAUAUUUACUACUAAUAUUUAGCUGGAGUCAAGACCUACUGAAUGUGGAACCAGGUCAUAUCAUAAGACUUUAUACAGUCAGAGACCAUCAUAAAAUCAUACGUUAAAUGAAGGACCAUAGACGGCACAAGGAAGCACACAAUGCUAUUGGAACAGGUCACCUGAAAGGAAACUAGAAGGUAAUUCUACAUGCAUGACUGCAGAGACACAAGAACUAUGUCAGUGGAGAGCCAACACAACAGAAGAGUGAAUCAACACAACUCACGAGGUCUUGAUGACUGCCUGCAACAAUACAUAAAAAACUUUGAGAGAGAAAAGAUCAAUGGAGAGCAACUGCUACACAUCACUCAUCAGGAGCUUGAGGAGCUGGGAGUCACUCGGAUUGGCCACCAAGAACUCAUCCUGGAAGCAGUGGACCUGCUCUGUGCUCUAAAUUAUGGCCUGGAGACCGAAAACCUGAGGACUCUUUCCCACAAGCUGAACGCGUCAGCCAAAAAUCUUCAGAACUUCAUAACGGGUAGAAGGAGGAGUGGCCAUUAUGAUGGGAGAGCGUCCCGGAGACUGCCAAAUGAUUUUCUUACCUCUGUUGUUGACCUGAUUGGUGCUGCCAAGAACUUGCUUGCCUGGCUGGACAGGUCUCCAUUUGUCAGUGUGACAGAAUACUCACUGCUGAAGAAUAACAUUGUUCAACUGUGCCUGGAACUAACAACCAUCGUGCAACAGGAUUGCACAGUAUAUGAAGCUGAAAAUAAAAUUCUUCAUGUGUGUAAAACGCUCUCUGGAAUCUGUGACCACAUCAUCUCUCUCUCAUCCGACUCUUUGGUGUCUCAAUCAGCUCACCUUGAAGUUGUUCACCUUACCAGCAUCAUGCCCAGUGAAGGUUUGGGGAUGUAUAUCAAGUCAACAUAUGAUGGGCUGCAUGUGAUUACUGGAACAACUGAAAACUCUCCAGCAGACCAGUGCAAGAAAAUCCAUGCUGGGGAUGAAGUGAUCCAGGUCAAUCACCAAACUGUGGUUGGCUGGCAGCUAAAGAACUUGGUAAAUGCAUUGCGUGAAGACCCCAAUGGAGUGAUCUUAACCUUAAAGAAACGGCCACAAAACACCCUGGUCUCUGCUCCUGCCCUUUUGAAGAACGUGAGGUGGAAACCUCUUGCCCUGCAGCCUAUGAUUCCAACCAGCCCAACAAGCAACUCCACGACUCCAACCAGCACGAUGGGACUGAGCUCCAAAAUGGACAGCUCAACUCUCCAAGAUGUUUUCAUCCUCUCCCCUAUGUCAGGACUCUACGGCCCAAGAGAUGAAAUUGGAAUCAUGCCGUGUGAUGACAUCAGCAAAUAUGGCGUCGGAAAGCCCGGGAUGAAGGGUUCUGAGUCUCCCAGCUACUUCUUGGAGCAUGAAAGUGGAAAAUAUUACACCUUAAUUGAAGGCGAGGGCCAUCCCGCCAGCUCUGAAUUUGAAAGGGGGAGAGCAACAGGGGUGCGGCGAAGAGAAAAGACCCCCACACAUGGUGAUCUGAGACCAGUUUCUAUGCCCACAGAAUACAGCUGGAUAGGAGAAUCAAAAGAGCCAAAUAUGUACAAGAGGGGCAGCCGAGAUUCGGAGAACUCACUCCUACGAUACCUGAGCGAUGACAAAAUCUUGGUGAUCCAGGAAGAGCCUUUGACUCAGAAGGACAACAAGAGAGAUACAGGCCGCCGGUCAAGGAAAAAGGGCAAGAGCAGUGGAAGUCCCAAUUAUCCUAUCAGCCCCUCCCUGCUGACCUCCUCUGUUAGUGUACGGCUCGAACCCGGACAGCAAGAUGUCUUGAACUUCUCCUUAGCUGAGAGCAACACAGUUCCACUUUAUCAUAGAGCAGGAGACACAGGCGGAGGAGAUUCUGAAAGGUAUGUGAGUUCUGCCAUUGAACGACCAGGAGGCUCAUCCAUGAGGAAGACUUUUCACUACGCUUCCCUGCGGGUAAAAAGCAAAAAAUGGCCCAAAGGAGGUUCACUGAACAACAGCAGCAGGAGACGGAUCUCCUGCAAAGACCUGGGGCAUGGAGACUGUGAGGGCUGGCUGUGGAAGAAAAAAGAUGCCAAAGGCUACUUCACCCAGAAGUGGAAAAAAUAUUGGUUCGUCCUGAAGGACUCUUCGCUGUAUUGGUACACUAACCAGAACGAUGAAAAAGCAGAAGGAUUCAUCAGUUUGCCAGAGUUCAGGAUAGACAGAGCCAUUGAAUGCAGGAGGAAACAUGCUUUCAAAGCUUGCCAUCCCAAAAUUAAGAGCUUUUAUUUUGCAACUGACUGCCUGGAAGAAAUGAAUAGAUGGAUGAACCGUCUCGGCCUCGCAGCCAUUGGUUAUACACCUGAUGAAAAGGAUAUCCGGCCAGAUGAAGCAGAUUACUGGAGUGAAAGUGACCAGGAAGACAUUGAUGGCUCCUUAACACUGAAGCAAGAGGGACCCAUAACACUUUGUGAUACUUACCACCGAACACCCUCGAUGAAUUCUUCAAGUCCAUUCCCUGAGCCUAAACACGGCCGACACUUCUCCAGCGAAUCAACUUAUUCACAUUCUUCUGCGGAGGAUUCCCGGCAGGAUCCAUCAGGGAGUAAUCAUUCAUCAGGCUGCAGACCUCCCUACAGAGAAAGACGUUCAUGGCAGGAUCUCAUAGAGACCCCACUGACCAGUUCAGGGCUCCAUUUUCUCCAGACUGUUCCCCCUGACCCUGAAUAUGUGAGCGGCCGACUCAGCAUGUCACCAGAGAGGAGGCGGCAAGCCACACUACCAGUCCAAAGACGACACAACCACGAACAAGAUGGCCCCUUCCCAUUGGUGGAAUGCCACCGAGGUCACAGCUCGCAUGCCAAGCCACAGAAGCAGCGCAGUCAAAGCCUUCCACGAAACAGAGACGUCAGAAUCAAAGGCCGUGCGAAGCCCACUGGGAUAACAGAAGAAAAAUCUGAAGAAAAGCUGCCCAUUAAAAAGCAAAGUAGUUUAUGUGAAGAAGAAAUCACAGAAGAACCAAGGGAAAGUACAGACGGUUUGCAUCAGUUGUACAAAUCUCUGGAGCAAGCUAGUUUGUCAGCAUUUGGAGAACAACGUCCUUCUACCAAGCAGGAAUUUCGGAGGUCCUUUGUAAAGAGAUGCAAUGACCCUGUUAUCAAUGAAAAGCUUCAUCACAUCCGAGUUCUCAAAAGUACCUUAAAAGCAAAAGAAGGAGAUCUCGCAGUUAUCAACAACCUGCUGCAUGAUCCCAGCUUGACAUCCAAGAAAUUCAAAGAGUGGAAAAUAAAGAACUAUGAAUUUUUCCUGGACAUUUGUGAGUACGGCGCAGCUCUGAAAACCCAAAAUGGAGCCUCUGAACUUACAGCCCCACCUCCCCUGCUGACACACACGCAUUCCUUCAUCGAAACGCACGUCUGACAGGAUGUAGCACUGGGAAUAC